AUGCUUAGCUUACAGUGUCUUCCUCCGUUCUUCUUCUCCGGCCCAAAUCGGAGCACCAAUUCAUGCUCAACGGCUCCGCCUCGUGCGACCGCCGACUUCGCUGCUUCUCCUUCUACUCUAAUCUCUCGCCGCCUUAUCCUUCUCCGUCACGCUCACAGUUCCUGGGAUAAUCUCUCCCUCAGAGACCAUGAUCGUCCACUAACUAAGACCGGGCAAGCCGAUGCAGCCAAAGUUGCUCAAAUCCUCUCCACAAUUGGUUGGCUUCCGCAACUCAUUCUCUCAAGCGACGCGACUCGGACGAAGGAGACACUGAAGUCAAUGCAGGAGCAAGUGGAUGGGUUUAUGGAGGCAAAUGUACAAUUCAUUCCAAGUUUUUACUCCAUUGCUGCAAUGGACGGCCAAACCGCCGAGCAUCUUCAACACUUUAUCUCCAAAUAUUCAACACCUGACAUCACCACUGUCAUGUGUAUGGGGCAUAAUAAAGGUUGGGAAGAAGCAGCCUCUUUGCUCUCUGGAGCUUCUGUUAAGUUGAAAACUUGCAAUGCUGCUUUGCUUCAGGCCUUUGGCAACUCCUGGGAAGAAGCUUUUGCACUGGCUGGGCCUGGUGGAUGGAAACUUGAAGGUGUUGUGGCUCCAGAUAGCAGCAUCUGUGUGUGA